AUGCUCAAAUUCGAUGAACCACAGUGUACAAACCCGUCAUGUUUCUUCUGCAGCAUGAAAGAGACGAACCCUUUCCGUAGAAGAUCGAAACUGGCCGCGAUUUUCAAAGAAAUUCCUCGUACGGAGUCAAAAGACCAUGUCUUGGUCUUGAGUGGUCUGUGGAACAUAGCCAUGUCGGAGCCUGACGAUCCUGAGUUCCCAUCACUCGGUUUGUUCGAGUGUAUGUCAAAACUCAUACGUAAGUCAAUCAAAAACAGUGAUUGGCUUCUCAAAGACCAGAACAUAUUCAUUCCUUAUUACGCAGCUCAUAUCAUCGGAUCAUAUGUUAUGAACAAGGAAGAUUUGGCUGCAAGAGCGGUUGAUUCAAAGGCUUUUGUUGUCCCCGCUUUGUUGGAGCUUUUGAGAGGGAAAAUAAGUUGGGUUGAGCAGCGAGCCGCGGCUCGAGCACUUGGUCACUUAGCUAGCCAUGAGAAGAGCUUUGAAGUGGUUUCUUUGUUCGAAGAAGAAAUCGUGAAGCUUUCGAUGGAGAUUGCUACUAGUAGUUUAACGAACGUUUAUAGAAGCUUUCUUGGGGUUGAAGAUAGCGAGAGGUUGAAGUAUCAUUGCGAUUUGUUGACGAGAGGGCUUGGUGGACUUGAGACAGAGAAUCAAAAAGCAGAGGAAUGGGGGAUUCAACUACAAUGUUGGUCUUUAUAUCUAUUGAAUAGUUUCGCAUUGCGAGUAAACAGGAAGUCUCCGGGAGGAGUCGGAUUGAUAAAGACUCUUUGUAAAACAGAAAUGGGGAGAAAGAGAGUUAGUGAGGUUAGGGAAGUGAUUGAGAGACUUUGCGAUCUUUCGAGAUCGUCUGAUGAUUGGAAAGCAACUGCUUUAGAUACCCUUUUGUUGCUUCUUAAAGACUCAAAUGUUAGAGUAGCUCAGAUAGUUUUACAAGAUUAUCACAAGAUUAAGUAUAGUGGCUUGAAGAUGAACAGCGAGGAGGCACAUAGAAGUGUAGAGAAUCUAUGGGAGAUUAGAGUAGAGAGGAAGAAGAAAGAGAAGCUUAUGAGUGAAACAGAGCUUGAAGAAAGAAGAAAGAUGGUGAAAUCUUUGAAGAAACAAGGGAAGAAGAAGUUUCAGAUGGGUUUAGUUAAAGAAGCUAUGGAGGUUUACACAGUGGGGAUAGAUUUGUGUCCAUUGGAUAUGGUAAGAGAUAGGGUUGUGUUGUAUAGUAACAGAGCGCAAUGUUGCUUGUUGUUGAAGCAAGCUGAGUAUGCUAUUAGUGAUUCUACUAGAGCUUUGUGUUUAUCUAGUGUGGAUGAUCCUCACGGUAAGAGUUUAUGGAGAAGAUCUCAAGCGUACGAUCAAAAAGGAUCGACGAGGGAGAGCCUAAUGGAUUGUUUGGCGUUCGUAGAUCAACGACUCAAGUAUUCAAAUACAAAAAGGAUACCAUACUACGCUGCGCAUAUGAUAAGUAAGCAGAUGAGUGCCACGUGGGGUUUCUUAGGUAUUGACUCAAAGACCGAAAAAUCGGACGGUUAAAAGCAGUACGAUUUAAAUUCAAUUGAUGUAAUAGUGUCCUUCUCAGUCUUCCUGUCCUUCU